UCCAACUCCAGCGCCUCGUCUCUCUUCUCUCACUUUUCGUCACUCUCGUUGCUCUCACUUCUCGCACUCUCGCACUCACUUCUCACCUCUCGUCGCACUCACUCGUCGUUGCGGUCGCUCUCACCUCUCGUCACUCUCGCACUCACUGUUCGCUCGUCACUCUCUCACCUCUCAACGCCUUCCCUGCGCUCGCUUCGCCGGCGGCAGAAGCAGACGGAACCAGCAUCUGGUCCCUCGGGUGGUGGUGGUCUUCGUCUUCUUGUUUCGACCGUUGGUUCAGUUGGUCAGCUUCCUUCACCGUCGGUCCGAGAUUGAAACUUUUGGUUGAAGCUUCUAAGCAGAUUUUGUCAAAACAAAAGUAAUAGUGUCAUGGCAAGAGAAAUAUGGUUAAGUUACUACUUCAGCAAUCUGAACCUGGAAUGAGGCUAGAAGAAAUCGAAGCUUUGUUACAAUAUGCCCAACACUCUCCAGUUGAUGCGAAUAGCGCUUAUGGAUCAACUCAUGUUCCGAACCACUAAACGCAGAAACCCUCUCUCCGAUUGCACCAACACUCUUAACUCUUCUUCUCCACUUUCCAUAAGCCCUAUCAAACCCAAACCCAAAUCCAAACCUCCUUCUACUUCUUCCAAACCUCGCCUUAAUAAACCUUCUUCAUGCGCCUCUUCUACCAACGCUUCCCCAAAUCUCCAAAGCACUUCUUCGAACCCUACCAUUGCUCCUCCUCCGCCUUCGUCGCCAAAAACCUCGUCUUCUCCCGGGAAUUUUGUUGAUCUUGAGGAUUUUGAGCCUAUUUCAGUAACCUACGGCCGAAGAAGUGCUCCGAAUAAAAGGAAGGCUUUGGCAUUUCCUGACAUCAGCACACCCAUUUUGAAGCUUUCUGAUACAAGCAGCCCGAAAACUGAUGGUGGUAAAAGUGCAAAUCUACCUAAAGCCAAGGCAUUGACAAGUCCUUUGAGAAAGAAGCAGCGCACCACAUCAUCAGAAGAUACGCCCAAGGAUUCCGAGCUGCAAGAUUACAUUGAAAAACAGAAAGCCUACUUCAAAAUGAUUGAUGAAUUUGAACUGAUGGAAGAGGAAGUUGAAACAGAUGAUGAACCGGAUGAAGUGGCAAAGACGCGAUCCAAGUGUAACUAGCAGCUAGAACGUUGUUUUUUGUUUAGCUAGUUGUAUAGUAAUGAUAUACCAGUUUUCUAAACGAGAUAGCUUCAACCCCUAACAAAAUAUAAUAUUCUUGUAAACCUUUUGAUCAUGAUGAAUUCCUGAUUUCACAGUGAUGCAAAUUGUAUGCAUAAGCUAAAUAAAUAUUAUGAUUCCUUUUA